AUGCAUCUGAAAUUAUUUAUUUUCUUUAUAGUAUAUUCUUCUAUUCAUUUAAUAUGUAGUUCAACUCUUCCUUCACCUGAAUUACAUAUGAAAUAUGGUGGUGAAGCAUUGAAUGCUUUACAACGUCUAUUAGCAUUUUUUGAAUCAGAUGUAGAUGAUUUAAAUCUUGAUGGUGUAUAUGGUUUACGUAUAUCACAAGGACAAUUGAAUGCUCUUCAUGAUAUUUUAACUUCAACAUCGAAUGAUAAACAACAUUUAACAGACAAAAAUAAUCAUAUUCAAUCCUUAUCUAUACAAAUUGAACGUAUAUCAAAUAAAAGCUUAGUUGCCAUAGCACGUGAUGCAACUGCAUAUUUACAACGAUUUAUUCUUGUUGCAUCAAAACCAUUUAUGAUUGAUUAUGAAGUAAGAGAAAUUGACGACAAUUUAAUAGAACAUGGUGAAAGAAUUUCUGACUUUAAUGAAGAAGAAUCUGAUGUAUGUUUUGCUGAAUUACUUGGUUCAAGUAAUCGUCCUAAUUCAACACAAUGUUUUGUUAGUCAAACAUGUUGGAAUAUGAUGACCUCUUCAUUGAGUAAAGAUUAUCGUUUAACACAUCAAUUAUUAUGGUUUUUAAUUGCAAAAAAUAUUGGUUGUAUCGAUAAUCGUCCAGUAUCAAAUCUUGCAAAUAAAAAUUUCAAAUCUUUAGAAGAUCGAUAUUGUUCAAAUAUUUAUCAAGAUGCUAAAAUAAAUUUCAAUAAUAAUGAUAAUCAAGAUUUAUUUCUUGAAGAAGUAUUAUUAUGUUCAAUUCUUGGUUAUGAAGAAUUUUUACGUUUAGAUUGGUUUAGUACAAUACUUUCAUGGCAAGAUGAAGAAUCUGGAUGUUAUAAUAGAGCAUCAGAAUCAAUGGAAUCAUAUGUCAAAACUAAACGACAUUUAUUAAUUGAACAAGAAAUGAAUAAUGGCUGUCUAUCACAUAAAAGUGGUCUUGCAAGUGGAGUGUUGGCAACAUAUGCAAGAGCUUUUUUACAAUAA